UGUAGGUAAUCAACAAACAUUUUUCCAACCAACGUCGAGUAAAUUCGCAGACAAAUAAAUAGUAGGAAACCUGGCACGAACGUGAUACUUGCCUGCACAGUGCACACCUAGCUAGACCUACCUAAUCACAUUAAGUACAUAUACCUUUACCUACAAUGUAUAAAAACAGUACGAAUGUGGAACAUACGAGUAAUAUAUAAAAUAGGUACGUGUCGGCGUGAAAAAUGAGUCGUAAUUUUGCGAUGGUUGUACCGUGGAUGAUGUGCAUCGUGAUGAGCCAGGUUCUCUUCAUGGCAGCCAAACCCAGCCCAGAAGGACAGCCCCCCGAACAACCAGCACCAAAAACAGUUCCAAACGAACCGAAUAAUGCUCCUACUACGAAACAGCAGCAGAUAAGCUCCGGUAUUAUGAAUGGGAUAGCAAGAGCAAUCAACCAGUGUUGCCAUUCGAUGUACGAUAGUUUGCUAGGAGAAACCGGUUAUCUGAUUAAAUUACACCAUAAAAUCUUCUCAUCCGGCGGCAUAUCGUCUAAGAAAAAAGAAAAGGAAGAGGACUACGUAGAGGCUUGUUGUAUCGAUGGUAUUGAAGAUCCUUUAAGAGAUGUUUCAGCCCUAGGAGAGAAGAUAGGAAAGAAGAAAGGGAAGAAAGGAAAGAAAGGAGAUGACGAUGUUGAUGAGACUCGAGUUAACGGCUGCUGGAUAGGUGAAAAAUUAUUCAAUGUGGACAACGGUUUCAAAUGGAUCCUUAAACCACAGUUCAACUGCGGCAUCAUCAAUGUGAAGAAAAUAUUUAAAUGGCUCAAAAGCCCGCAUUUCGAUAAAGAUCGAUUUUUAAAAUGGAUCAAAAAACCGAGAUUCUUCACCUUAAAUGCGAGCGUACUAACGAUAAAUUGAGGGAGACAUUCGAUCUACUCGUAUCUCUGCAAUUUCUCUUAUUACGAACAUCUUGCCUUUGAAAUAAAAAAGUUUCC